AUGUCGCCGUCGGUGGUUGGAAAUGACCCCAUCCAACAGAAGACCCCAUCUGCCACGCCCGAUAGCAAAAGAGCAACUCCGUCCCAGCUACAAGUUCUUGGAAAAACCAAGGAUGGUAGAGAUCUGAAGAUCAGAAGCUAUCCCAAGUUUGACACGCUGGAGGAAGAAAGAUUAUACCGCAAGCAACACUUGGCUGCAGCCUUCCGGGUCUUUGCAGACCGUGGCUUCGAUGAGGGCGUCGCGGGGCACAUUUCGGUUCGAGACCCUAUUCUCACCGACCACUUUUGGAUUAACCCCCUCUCGGCUCACUUUGCCCUGAUCAAGGUGUCUGAUCUGAUAUUGGUAGAUGAAGAUGGCCUAGUGGUUGAAGGCGACGAGCCCAUUAAUGCCCCAGCAUUUGCUAUUCACUCCGAGAUCCACAAGGCUCGCCCUGACGUCCAUGCAGCCUGCCACGCCCACAGCGUUGCUGGCAAGGCAUUUGCGGCUUUCGGUCGGGAGCUCGAUAUGAUAACGCAGGAUGCACUUCGUUUCUACAAGAGUCACGGUGUUUACCGCGACUUUAGAGGCGUCAUUCUAGACCGAGAAGAGGGACAGCGCAUAGCCAAGGCCCUGGGCCAGGGCAAAGCUGCUAUUCUUCAGAACCAUGGCUUACUUACCGUAGGUCAGAGUGUUGAUGAGGCAGCAUUCUGGUUCAUGAGCCUGGACAAGACGUGCCAUGCGCAGCUAUUAGCAGAUGCAGCCUCUGCAGCUGGUUACAAGAAAAUCAUCAUCGAUGACGAUGAGGCUGCUUAUGCAGCACUCCAGGUGGGUGGCCCCGAGAAGGGCUGGCUGGCAUUUCAACCGUACUAUGAUGAGCAGGUUGCCAAAACUAAUGGCAACUUCCUUCUUUGA